AUGGGGAAAAAACUUUCUCCCGAAAGCCAGGCCGCUAUUUGCUCUGCUAUCGAUGCAGCCUGCAAAGACCCAGUUAACGAUCUCCCCAACGUGUCUUUCGUUGUUGUUAAUAAAGAUGGCCAGGAGAUCAUUGCUCACUCCUCCGGCACACGUGGGAUUGGUCAGAGUCAAGCUGUUGCUCCAGAUUCUGUGUACUGGAUCGCUUCCUUUACUAAGAUGAUUACCGGUGUGGCUUGUAUGCAGCUGGUUGAACAGGGGAAACUCGCGUUAGAUGAUAUAGAGCUGGUGGAAGGCCUCUGCCCUGAACUGAAAGAGGUUCAGGUUAUGCAGGAAGAUGGAACUCUUGUGCCCAAGAACAGAGGUAUUACCUUAAGGAUGUUGCUUUCGCAUACCGCUGGGUUUGGGUAUAGCAUAUUCCAAGAGAGGUUGAAGAAACAGGGAUACAAUGAAUUUUCUGGCAAGCUGGACGACUUCAAACAGCCACUGGUUAACCAACCGGGGGAAAAAUGGGAAUAUGGAAUUAAUAUCGACUGGGCUGGCGUCGUCGUUGAACGGGCUAACGGCAUGCCCCUGGGAGAAUAUUUCCAGAAACACAUCUUUGAGCCGCUUGGCUUGAAGGAAAUUGGAUUUUUUCCCUCUGAAGAGAUGAAGAAGAAGCUCGUUUCCGUGGCCCAGCGUGCUCCGGACGGAACGCUUAGUCACAAGGAGCACCCCAAUAGCCAACCGCUGCACGUCUCCAGUGAGGAGCAUAAGUCAUCCAUCUUCAAUAGUGGAGGAGGAGGUUGUUUCUCAACUCCGCGAGACUAUUCUCAGAUUCUUGCUACGCUCAUGAACGACGGUGUUUCUCCAAUCACAGGCAAAAGGAUCCUUGACAAAACUACCAUUGACAGCAUGUUUGAGAACCAAAUCCCUGACUGGCCAGACUUUGGCCGGGUUGGUUUUUCUGCCCCAGAUCCAACAAUUUCGAACCCGCUUCCCGCUCUGUAUCCGAUUCCUGACGGAGCGCCACAGGGCUGGGGCCUGACAUGGAUGAUCACGCCCAGUCCCACAGGUAGAUCAGCGAAUAGCGCCUUCUGGGCCGGAAUUACAAACUGUUUCUGGUGGUGUGAUCGGGAGAAGGAGGUGGCGGGCGUCAUUGCUACGCAGCUCUUGCCGUUUGGAGACCCACAACUGGUGACUCUGUGGGCGACGGUCGAGGCAAUGGUGUAUGCUGGGCUCUCUUAG